UGGGACUUUGGAUUGGAGUUGGCUACAAUUGUCUUGUGCGCAUCCAUUGCCCGGCUUCUAUGCGGCUGUUGCGAAGUUCACACUUCAUCGCAGGUGGCCCAAACAUCAAAAACGAUCAUGGACAGCCCAAACGUGAACAGCAUGCCUCCGAUGCCACCUUUGAUGAUGCCGCCGGCACCACCGUUCGGGCUAACACCACCGCCGAUGCCGCCGGGCUUCAUGCCCCGACCACCAAUGGAUGGCGCAGGUCCCAUGCUGUUGCCCCCUGGCAUGCCUAUGCCACCACACUACCCGCCGGCCUACCCAAUGUACCCGGCAAUGCCACCUCAGGUUCCUCCUCCUCCAGCAGCUGCGGCAGUCCCACCAGCAGUCCUGCCUGCCGCGACAUCAUCCCCAUCACAAGCAACCUCCUCUCCAAAACCUGAUGCACCUGCGGCAUCUACACCGCCAGCUACGCCAUCGACUCCAGCUGAGAAUGCUGCACAAGCGCCUGGCACUCAACAACCACCAAAGAGCAGCAGUUGGACAGAGCAUAAAGCUCCCGAUGGCCGCACUUAUUUCUACAACCACGCCACCAAGCAGUCCAGUUGGGAGAAGCCUGAUGAACUGAAGACUCACACUGAGUUGUUGCUGUCUCAGUGCCCCUGGAAGGAGUACAAAUCAGACACAGGGCGAACAUACUUCCACAAUGUCCUUACAAAGGAGUCUCGAUGGACCAUUCCCAAAGAGCUCGAAGAGCUUAAAGCCACAAUUGCAGCCCAGGGAGAAACCACCAAGGAAGAAGACUGUGUGGCCGACAUCCAGCUGCCAAGCAGCGCACCGGCAGAGCCUGCGGCCGGCGCGCCUGGACAGCCGCAGCAGCCUCAACAGGCACCGGCGCAGGCACAACCACCUCAGCAGCCCCAGCAACCACAGCAGCAGCAACCACAGCAGCCGCAACAACAGCAACCUCCACAGCAGCAGCAGGGAGGUGAAGAAGAAGACAAGUCGAGUGAUGAGGAGGAGAACAAGGACCGGCCUAUCGAGUUCAAGGACAAGAAAGAGGCCAUUGAGGCCUUCAAGGAGCUGCUUAGGGAACAUGGACAAGGAGGACGCGUUGAUCAUCUUUGAGGACCACAUUCGACAGCUGGAGCAGGAAGAGGAAGAAGAAAAGGAGCGUGCAAGAAGACGGCUGAAACGUCAGCAGCGCAAAAACCGUGAGGCCUUCUUGACACUGCUGAAUGAGCUGCAUGAGAAAGGAAAGCUGACGUCCAUGUCUCUAUGGGUAGAGCUCUAUUCAGCCAUCCGCGCUGACGUUCGAUUUACCAAUAUGCUUGGCCAGCCAGGUUCUACGCCAUUGGAUCUGUUCAAGUUUUUUGUGGAAGACCUUAAGGACAGAUUCCACGGUGAAAAGAAAAUCAUCAAGGAGAUUUUGCGAGAGAAGAACUUUGUGGUGGAAGUGAACACAGUGUAUGAUGACUUUGUCACCGUGAUCAGUGAGGAUAAACGGUCAGCCACCUUGGACGCCGGCAACGUCAAGCUCACCUACAACAGCCUUUUGGAGAAGGCAGCGGCGCGGGAGAAAGAGCGGCUCAAGGAAGAGGCUCGCAAGCAACGCAAGCUGGAGAACGCUUUCCGGGCCAUGUUGAAAGGUGCCAUGCCAUCAAUUGACAGUGGCUCCUCCUGGGACCAGGAUGACGACAUUCGAUACGAUGUGCGGAAGCAGUUUGAAAAGGAGCCUGCCUUUAUCAACCUGAGCUUAGAAUCAGAGCGGAUGCGGAUCUUCAAGGAAUACCAGCUCACACUGGAGGCAACAUGCAGUCACCACCAUAGUCGGUCGAAAAAGCACAGCAAGAAGACUAAAAAGAACAAGAAGCGUUCUAGGUCCCGUUCGGAAAGUGACUCGGACAGCUCUUCUAGACACAGAAGUAGUAGAAAAAAGAAGCGAUCUCGUUCAGAGUCAGAUGAAUCUGAGUCAGACAGCGACUAUUCAGCAAGACGAAGGAAGCGAGAUCGAAAGAAGAAAAGGCGAAGCAGUGCCUCAUCUGAUUCAGAAUCUGAGCGCCGUGAGAAGAAGAAAUCGCGGAGAUCACCGCAGCCACCACCUCCAGCCCCAGCUCAGCCUACGGCAGCUGCACCGGCUGCGGCAACAGCGGGCGGCCGUUCUCGGCGCAGCGGGAGUGCACGCGAGGAAGGCGAGUUGGACCAAAAAUGGACCUCGGACAGCGAUGUCAGCGAAGAGGAACUGGAAAAGAGGCGAAGGCAGUUACUCAAGCAGCUGGCACAGCAUAAUUAACAUCCUAUCACAAAAUAAAGACGACCUUGGGGCUACA